CUAAUCAGCCACGAGCUUGCGUCCGGGGCCAUUGACUCGUGCAACGCCUAUGGCUCUCCGCAGACUCACCUACGACACUGACCAUUCUGAGUUGCGAUGAGACAAGGUGAGAGUACGGGUAUAACCGGCACCACGACUAGUCAGGGACAAUUUCAGACACCAGACAAGCCUCCUAGAGUACGUCCAGCGACAGAGACCAACGCGGCCAAGGCAGCAUUAGCCAGGACAGAGCUCCCUGCGUCUACUGCAUCGACGUCGAGAUCCUGGAAGAGAAACUCUUUUCCCGGUCUGCCGGAUCAGCCGACACUUACGCAGAUUGACUUUGUCGCGCCAAAGUCCCAGUACACGGGGUCUGAUGGCGAUGACGAUGAUCUCGACUACAUCGACAGCAAAUCACGCAGCAGGCGACGGGCAGAUCCUGAGGUGAUUCAGAUUGAUGAUGACUCCGACAAUGACGCCGAUUACCAACCGCCAUCGCAUUUGAAGCCGAAGCCGGCUGACAUUCGUGGAGUCAAGUUCGAACGAGGUGCAAAGAAUGCCGCUCCCAAGCCGAAAAAGAGGAGCUCCCAGGGUGGCGGCGACUUGAAACAAAAGCGCAGAAAAAGCGGCGAGGGCAGCAAUAUCAGCAAGAAAGACAAGGAAAAGGCGAAAGGACAUAAGACUCUAACGCAAAUGGACUACGUGCGACGUUAUCUGAAGAUCGAACCGGACGAUGACGUGAAGUUGGACUAUACUUACAUUACUCCUAAAAAGAGCGAUGGCCAGGAUAGCCAGCAUAUGCGCUCUCGGGAUCCCGAGAGUUUCCAACAACAGGAUGACCGUCAAUCCAACUCAAAUGGACGCGAGGCACAGAAAAUCAAGGAUGAAGAAGGUGCGACGCUGACUACGGAAGCUACGAAUGAUCGGGGAGCGACCGAAGCUCCAGUGACACCAAAGAAACGCUUCAAACAGGAGAUACCCUCGUCCCAGUCUCCCGAGAGCCCUGGUCUUGCAAUAAUCACAUCUUCUCAGUUCCGCGGCACCACUCGUUCUCAAAACCAUGUACCUGUCAGCAUUCCCGAUCGGCGUAUCAAGGAAGAGUCACCUACGAUGCAUCGCAUCAAAGAAGAACCUCACCAAGAUUUAGAGCCGAUGUUGCUGUUUCCUAACGAUAUAUUGCCGGAAUUGCCGGAAUCUGGCAAUUCAGACUCGCCCAUUUCCCGUCGAGAAGGUACACCUCAUCAAAUAUCGGCCGAUCAAGCAGAGACGCCCACGAAAUCAGCUCGUCUACAUAGCAGUCCUGGGCUUCUAGACUCCAAAGAAGGAGCGAUGCCUUCACAAAGGACGGUAAUAUACGAGACAGAUGCGGAGAGCGACUACGGCGACCUUGAAGACGAUUUACCCGACGCUCCUGUUUCUCCCAAAAGCCCAGAGCCCGUCGAAGGAGACCCCGAUGCAACUGAUGACCUUGACUUUGAUCCCUCGAAAGACAAUUCGCAAGACCAAGACCUUCCGCUCAUGGAUUCAUCCGGACUGGACGUUGAAACAGAACUCCCGCUUCCGGAACCAAACCCCACCUCCGAAGCAUCGAUAUAUUACCAAAGGCUGCAGCCAGCUACCCAAUUUCCCCUUGGUACAAUUCCGACGUUAAGCUCCCAGAAGUUGGCUGAGCUGUUCCCAGAAGAUUCAAAUGACCAGCAAACCCUCCGGACCAUGUCACCCCUGCCGUCAUCUCCUAGAACGGACAGUCGUGCAAUGUCCAAACCUGGCAUACCAGCUGUUAGCCAGACUCAGGCACAAAAUUCCGCCAAGGCUCCAAUGGAGAUGGUCCCGGAAUCUUCACCUAUUGCACGGCAAGGAAAUGGCACCCGAGCAAAGGAGUUCAUUCCCCCUGAGCCCCUUGCGCGAAGGGACGUGGUACAAGUGGAGUCUUCACAGCCAGCAGACCGACUCCACAAGAAGAAUCAGGAGGAAAGUUCCGGUCCUCGUGGAAUUCUGACCGGCAGCCAGAUUCUCACAUCGAGUGUGAUGGAAAGCGUGCCCCUUCCGGCCUUCUUGAUGGAUAGCCAAGAUAGCGUUGGAGAACCCUACAGCUUACCAGACUCGUAGACUUUACAUGAUAGGACAGUCCGAUAUAUCACGACACUAAUGAGACACGGCAUCGAAAUACCCUAUGAGACUAGAUCAUAUAUAGCUUGAAAUAACAAUAUAUAAUAUCCCUC